AUGCUCAUGAUCCCCACCGCCACAGGGCCCUGGCUUGGAGCGAGGGCCCCGGCUGGCGCGCUGCUCGCACAUCGGCUGCUCUCCUCCUCGGCCGGGCCGGCGCCGGGCAAGCGGGCCGCCCGGCGCCCGGGCCCGCAGUCGCACGGCGGCAACUCCCGACCCCCGGCCGCGCCGGCGGUCCCGGCCUACCGGCGGUCGCCCAUGGCCGACCUGCCGCACGUGCGGCCCGCCUCGCGGGAGUUGGUCCGGCACUAUGCCGGGCUCCGGACACCGGGCAAGCGGGAGGCCGCGGCCCGGGCCCGACCCCCCGGCCCCUCGGACGACUUCCACCGGUGGGGGCACCUGGCCUUCGCGGCGGCCGAGGAGCCGUGCGUCAUCAUCGGCGCCCGGGCCAUCGGCGAUCUCCUGGGGCUGCCGCUGCACGAAUGGCAGGCGGCCAACGAGCAGGCGCGCUCCGACGGCCGGGCCGAGGGCGGCAAGUACGGCGGCCAGCGCCGGGGGCCGUGGCUGGCUGCUGGCCGGCCGCCGCCGGCCUGGCCGCGACCGCUGACCCUGCUCAGCUCGGUGGAGAUGGCGCCCUUCGCCUCGGCCCUCGUGGACCUGUAUGUGCCGACCGAGGCCCGGCAGGCCCGGCUGUCCCGGCGUCCGCCCGGGGUGUACCUGCUGGAGACCGAGUCCUACCUGACCAGUGCGGCACAUUCGCUGCUCCAUGCCGGCGCCACGGCCGCCUCGGCGCGUGACCUGCUGGCGGUGGAACUUCCCUCGCCCUGGGUGUACGCGGCUGAGGCGGGUCCUGCGGGCCGGCUGCCGCCCGUUUGCCAUCUGUGGUCUGAGCACCUGUGCGCUGACUGUGCCGCUGCUGCUGGCGCUGCUGCUGGCCCUGGUGCUGAUGCUGCCGGCUCUGUUCCCGCGGAUGCGCCUGCCUCGGGCCAGGUGCCCAGCGAUGCGGCGCGACCCCCCGCCUGCCCGGGCAGCUGCUCGGCGAUCCGGCCCCCGGGCGACCGGCGCCUGCUGGUGCUGGAUGGCGUGGCGGACCCCGGGAAUUUGGGCACGCUCAUUCGCUUGGCCGAUUCGAUUCGGCACCGGUCCGGGGCGGACCGCCUCGCCUGGCCGGUCAUCUUCCUGCUGGAGCCGACGCCACUGGCGGGCUUUGCGCCGGAGGCGGUGCUGGCCUCGCUGCCGGCUGAGGCCCCGGCCCCGGCCCCGGCCCCGGCGCCGGUGUCGCGCUCGGGCCCGGUGUCCCGGCGCUUGGACCCGGCCAUGGCCGGGGUGCUGGCUUCGCUGCGCGGCCUGCACGAGCCGAGCCCCGACUCGGCGAUCGGCUCCGGGCCGGAGGCUCAGCUCCGGUCCCGGGGCGUGGACUUGUCGGAGGUGGUCGGGCGCCGGUGCGCCGACCUGGCCGGCGACAAGGUGCUCCGGUCGGCGGCUGGCGCGUCGCAUCGCUUCCACCCGGCCCUGAUGCCCGCCGGUGGGGAUGCCCCGAGCGGGGCCCCGGCCCCCGGGGUGCGCUUCAUUCGUGGCGAUUGGCCGGGCCUGGUGGCCCUUCUCCAGCGGGACGGCUUGCGCCUGGUGGCCGGAGACUGCCCGGGGCCUGGGGUGGUCGAGCUGGACAUGGUGGCCGCCAGUGAGGGGUCUCGGUCUGCGGGGCCGGCGCCGGGGGUGGCCCUGCUGCUGGGCUCCGAGGGCCCGGGCGUCGGGCGGCUGGUGCGUGCAUCGAUCGAGCAGUCGCAACUGCCGGGGCCCCAGCACCCCGGGCGUCUGCACACGCCUGGCCAGCGCAUUGCCAUCCCCCUGGUUGACGGCCGGGACAGCUUGAAUGUGGCCACCGCCGGGUCGAUCCUCAUGUGGGCUCUUCGGUAGAGCCAUGGUCUCCGAGUUGAUGGCAGCUCGCAAAUGGAUCGACGACAC